AUGUUCGGCGACAGUCUGUUCAGCUGGUUCAGCUCCUCCAAGAAGGAGGAAGCGCCCCAGACUACCUGGGAUCCGAACACACUGACCAUGGUCCAACCUCAGAGCCCCGAGUCUCCUUCCACCAACGCUAUUGUUGCUGAGCAGCCCACGCCCGAUAACCAGAUGAACAUGCAGCUGCGUGGUGGCGGUCCUCCCCCUGGGCCUGGUGACGAUUGUUGCUGCUGCCUCGACUGCUUCUGUUGCUGUGGGGACUGCUGCGGUCCCGAUGGCCCCCCUGGUGGCUUUGGCGGCCCCGGCGGCCCCGGUGGUGGUCCUGGAGGCCCUGGAGGCCCUGGAGGGCCAGGGGGCCCCGGCGGUCCUGGCGGCUGGUAA